UUGAUUUAAUCAUAAUUAUUACUAUAUUACAUGGAAUUACUUGACAAUAAGAGCUCAAGCAGUAGCAAGGGGUCAGCAAUGGAAGUUGACCACCCAUUCCCUCUUAAACCAGAAUCUUCGAGGAUGGGAAGACCAGUGAUGAUAUAUAGCAAUCACUAUAAGUUCAAAUGCAACACUGGCGGAAGAAAUGUCCUCUUUGAAUACCAAGUGAAAACUGCACCUCAGCUGACAUGCCACUCUAAUGAAGAGAAGUUGAAGAUGGCUAAGAUAGUAAAGAAGCUUAGACCAAAACUAGAGGGUUACUUCGAGAAUCAUGUCUACUGGGAAGGCUUUAUCUACUCCUUUGAGAAGGUUGAUGAGAUUAGCACCAUUACUGAAGAAGAGAUCGAAGAAGAUGGAGUCACUUACAUGGUCAGCAUUGAUCUUCAUGCUGACUUGACCUUUGAGAACCCAAGAGUCACAAGGUUCUUCAGAGCCUUCUUCAAUCAGAUGUUGAAGAAGUGCAAGCUAAGACUCACUAGAGCCGGAAAGCACUUCGAUCCAAGAAAGCCAAUGGAGCUUGAAGGAGUAAACAUGUACAGAGCUUACUUCAACACCAUGAGGACCUUUGGAGGAAACAUCUAUCUGAACAUGAACCCUUCAGUGAAAUUCUUUCAACAAGAGCCUCUACUAGACAAGAUGUACGACAUGGGCAAUGAGAGGCAAGUCAGAGAUGGACUUAUUGGUAGAUCUGUGAUGACAAUCUACAACAACAGAGUCUAUAAGAUUGAUGAUAUAGACUUCAGCAAAAAUCCAAGGAAUACUUUCUUCUGUGACCAGCACAGUAAGAACAAGGAGAUGAGCUUUGGUGACUACAUCUUUGAGAACUAUAAGUGCAAGGUCAAUGACUAUUCCCAGCCAAUGCUCAAGCACCACAACAUGAGAACCAAUCAAGAUCUUUACCUGAUUCCCGAGUUCUGUGUCUUAACUGGAAUCACUGAAGAACAGAAGGGAAGGAACUUCAGAGCCAUUAAAAAUGACAUGUUUGCUAAUGCUCAGACCAAGAAUGAGCAAGCAAAGUUCUUUUUCCAGACUCUGAAGAAGGACAAGAAGGCUUAUGAAGAACUAACUGAAAAGUGGAAAAUCGAGAUCAACGAAUCCCCAAUCAAAACUCAAGCAUAUAAGUUAACCCCAGCCAAAAUCUAUGGAGGGAAGAAGGCAUCAUUUGAUCUAUCAAGGAUGAAGAGAGACUUUUCUAGAGAGUUCAGUGUUCCCUUCAAGGCAAAGAAGAUCAAUGGAUGGGCUAUUAUUUAUGGAAAGUACAGCUCUAGAGAACAUCAGACCUUCAUGAAGCAACUCAAACAGACUGUUACUGUUGAUUUUGAGUACAAAUGUACGAAGCCUAUCGAAAUUCAGUUAAGAGGUGAUGACAGAAGACCUCAGACAUGGAUUGAUACUAUUUAUGACCUUCAGAAAGAGAAUCAGCUUGAUGUUAUCAUCUGUAUUGCUCCUGGAAGGAAGGGAGCCUCUCCAAUUUAUGAACCCCUCAAGUAUUACCUCCAAACAGAGUGAAAUGUAGCAUCUCAGGUUAUUCUUUCAGAGACUAUUAAGAGAAACUUUAAGAGUCUUAGAAACAUCAUGAAGAAUCUUAUGAUCCAGAUCUCAGCAAAAUUGGGAGACUCUCCGUGGGCCUACAAGAGCCUUCCUUUGAUGGAUAGGCCAACCAUGAUUAUUGGUAUGGAUGUCUGCCAUAGAGUAGGUAAAAACAAGAAGUCAGUGCUUGGCUUUGUAGCCUCAAAGGAUAAGUAUGUGGCAUCAUACUACAGUGCAUCUGUUUCACAAGGUGAGAAACAAGAGAUUGCUUUCUCUAUAGAGAAGCUUUUCCAGGAAGCUAUCCAAGAGUUCAUUAAAACCAACAGUGUUGCUCCAGAGAGAAUCAUCAUUUACAGAGAUGCAGUAUCUGAAGGGCAAUCUGAAGCUACACUGAAAACUGAAGUCCCACAGCUUGCUCAAGCUAUCCAGAAUUUGAUGGACGUUGGUGAAAUGGAGACUGAGCCAAGUAUCUUAUUCCUUCUUGCCAACAAGAGAAUUGAACAAAGGUUUUUCACUCAAGAUAGAAAAUUCAUGCAAAAUCCAGACAGAGGACUUGUCAUUGAGAGUGAAAUAACUAGGCCAGACAGAUUUGAAUUCUACAUGAUCUCUCAUGCAGGCCCAACAGGCCUCCAAUGCCCAGUAAGAUACGAGGUGAUCAAGAAUACCUUCACAGACCUUGAUCCAAAGGAUUUAUAUGACCUCACCAAUUCCCUCUGCUAUGGUUUCUACAACCUUCAAGGAGCUGUUAGGAUUCCAGCUCCUAUCAUGUAUGCACAUACUAUGUGCAAUCAGAUUUCAAAGAUCUGUAGUCGUCAGCCAGCAGUUGCUGAAACUCCAGAUGCUUUCAAGAAUCAGCUUUAUUAUAUCUAAUGAAUAUUCUCAGUAUUAAUUGAUUAAUAAUCAAUAUUUCAAUA